AUGAAUCAAAUUGCUGAAACAAAGGAGCCAGAGGAGGAGCCAGUGUCUGAACCACAGGAAGUGUUACAGGGUUUGGAGAAGAAUGAAGCAGUGAGUGGUGAAGAAGAGGAGAAGCCACCGGUGGACGAUCCAAUGGAACAAGACUCAGUCACUCCCGCCACCGUUUUUUGUAUUAGGCUCAGGCAACCCAGGUCUAAUUUGCUCUAUAAGAUGAGUGUCCCUGAACUUUGUCGCAAUUUCAGUGCUGUUUCCUGGUGCGGAAAACUGAAUGCUAUUGCUUGUGCUUCUGAAACGUGUGCCAGAAUUCCAAGCUCAACUACAAAUCCACCAUUUUGGAUCCCUAUACAUAUUGUGAUCCCGGAGAGGCCGACUGAAUGUGCAGUAUUUAAUGUCAUAGCAGAUUCUCCUCGUGAUUCUGUCCAGUUUAUUGAAUGGUCCCCUACCUGUUGUCCCCGUGCAUUAUUGAUAGCAAAUUUCCAUGGGAGGGUAACUAUUUGGACUCAGCCAUCGCAUGGGCCAGCCAAUCUUGUACGUGAUACUAGCUGCUGGCUGCGUGAGCAUGAGUGGCGACAAGAUAUUGCAGUUGUUACAAAGUGGCUAUCAGGGGUGUCUCUGUAUAGGUGGCUUUCAUCUAAACCUAGUGCUUCUGCCAAUUCGAAGUCAACAUUUGAGGAAAAGUUUCUUUCACAACAAUCUCAAACUUCAGCCAGAUGGCCCAAUUUUCUUUGUGUAUGUUCUGUAUUCUCAUCAGGCUCGGUUCAACUUCAUUGGGCCCAGUGGCCUUGUCAGAAUGCGACAGCACCCAAAUGGUUUUGCACUAGUAAAGGACUAUUGGGUUGUGGGCCUAGUGGCAUAAUGGCUGGUGAUGCUAUAAUUACAGAGAGUGGUGCCAUGCAUGUAGCAGGUGUGCCAAUUGUUAAUCCAUCCACCAUCGUUGUUUGGGAGGUUAUGCCUGGGCCUGGAAAUAGUUUCCAAGUAACUCCAAAGACAAGUACCAAUAAUGGUGUCCCACCUCUUAGCCCACCCAACUGGACGGGUUUUGCACCUUUAGCGGCAUAUUUAUUUAGUUGGCAAGAUUAUCUAUUAUCUGAAGAAAAGCAAGGGAAAAAACAGACAGACCAAAACUUUGGUGAUUCUAUACCACUUCACUGCUCACCAGUUUCAAAUUUUUCAGCAUAUGUGAGUCCUGAAGCCGCAGCUCAAUCUGCGGCAACCACUACAUGGGGUUCUGGUGUAACAGCAGUAGCCUUUGAUCCAACUCGUGGUGGUUCUGUGAUAGCUGUUGUGAUAGUUGAGGGACAGUACAUGUCCCCUUAUGAUCCAGAUGAGGGCCCAUCAAUCACAGGGUGGAGAGUGCAACGCUGGGAAUCAUCUUUACAGCACGUUGUCCUCCAUCCAAUAUUUGGGAACCCUACUUCAAGUAUGGGUGGACAGCCUCCAAUGCAAACUGUUUGGCAGUCCAAAGUGGACCUAAGCAUUGCACCAACUAAUGAUUUCAUGAAUCAUCAAGCACUUGCAGUUGGAAUGAAUGCUGGUAUGCAAAAGGUAUCUGAGUCUGGCUUUGACAUGUUAAAAGGGGUCAAUUUUGAUCCUUUUGAUCUUCCAAGUGAUAUUAGGACACUUGCUCGAGUUGUUUAUUCUGCUCAUGGUGGUGAAAUUGCUAUUGCUUUUCUUCGGGGUGGUGUCCACAUCUUCUCUGGUCCAAAUUUUGCACCUGUAGACAACUAUCAGAUUAAUGUUGGAUCUGCAAUUGCUGCUCCUGCUUUUUCUCCUACAAGCUGCUGUUCAGCUUCUGUUUGGCAUGACACAAGUAAGGAUCAGACAAUAUUGAAAAUAAUCCGGGUUCUUCCUCCUGCUAUUCCAACUAGUCAAGUAAAGGCCAACUCAUCAACCUGGGAGCGUGCAAUUGCUGAAAGGUUUUGGUGGAGCCUUUUGGUUGGAGUUGAUUGGUGGGACGCAGUCGGAUGUACACAGAGUGCUGCUGAGGAUCGUAUUGUUUCACUUAAUAGCGUUAUUGCAGUAUUGGAUGCGGAUUUCCAUUCUCUUCCUUCUGCUCAGCACAGACAACAGUAUUGUCCUAGUCUAGACAGGAUAAAGUGUAGACUACUUGAAGGAGCAAAUGCUCAAGAGGUCAGGGCAAUGGUUCUGGAUAUGCAAGCUAGGUUGUUGUUGGAUAUGCUUGGGAAGGGAAUUGAGUCUGCUUUGAUAAAUCCUUCAGCUUUAGUGCCUAAUCCGUGGCAAGUAUCUAGUGAGACAUUAUCCAGUGUUGACCCUGAAGCAGUUGCUGUUGAUCCUGCACUAGUUCCAAGUAUUCAGGCCUAUGUUGAUUCAGUUCUUGAUUUGGCUUCACAUUUUAUCACACGGUUGCGGCGUUAUGCAAGUUUCUGUCGUACAUUGGCCAGUCAUGCUGUGACUGCAGGGACUGGAAGCAACCGAAACAUGGUUGCUAGUCCUGCCCAAAGUUCUGCAACUCCUGCAACAAAUCAGGGAGGUCAAAAUGGGACAACCAGUUCCAGUGGAAACCCACAGAUGCAAGCUUGGGUGCAAGGGGCCAUUGCCAAGAUUAGUAGCACACCUGAUGGGGUAUCCAACACAACGCCUAACCCCCCUAUCAGUGGUCCUUCUUCCUUUACGCCCAUAAGCAUUAAUACAGGAACAUUUCCUGGAACACCUGCAGUUCGACUUAUUGGGGACUGUCAUUUCCUUCAUAGAUUAUGCCAACUUUUGCUUUUCUGUUUUUUCUUUCGUCGGACACAACUUCCCCGCUAUAUGGGUGGUGCGCAUAGAACUGUCGAUACAAAUACACAAAAGCCUCAACCUAAUGCUUCUGCUCCCGGAAAGGUGGAUGAUACUGCAAAACCUGUGUCAACUGUGGUUAGGUCAGAUGAUGGUCAGACAGGUCGAGUUGGUCAGCUUGUUCCUGGGGCAAAAGGAGGUGAAGAACCAUCUCCUGGGCGUUCAAGACUUGGUACUGGAAAUGCUGGCCAAGGAUAUACAUUUGAAGAGGUCAAGGUUCUUUUUCUAGUACUUAUGGAUCUCUGUCGCCGAACUGCUGGGCUGCAGCACCCAUUACCAAUUUCUCAGGUGGGGAGUAACAGCAUUCAAGUUCGGCUGCAUUAUAUUGAUGGGAACUACACUGUACUGCCAGAGGUUGUGGAAGCAUCCCUUGGCCCACAUAUGCAGAACAUGCCCCGUCCUAGAGGUGCAGAUGCUGCUGGUCUUCUACUGCGUGAGCUAGAACUCCACCCUCCAGCAGAAGAGUGGCAUAGACGGAAUAUGUUUGGUGGACCUUGGUCUGAUCCAGAUGAUGUAGAUUAUGCAAAUGAUACACCAAAGCUAGUUAGUUUAAAUCCACUUGAUUCCAGCUCAAUGGAAAAUUGUGAUGUCUACUAUGGAGCCAAUGGUUUAUGGCCAAGGAAGCGCAGGAUGUCUGAACGAGAUGCAGCUUUUGGGUUGAACACUUCUGUGGGUCUGGGAGCUUAUCUUGGUAUAAUGGGAUCUCGAAGAGAUUGUAUUACUACAUUGUGGAAGACUGGCCUUGAAGGGGUCUGGUACAAGUGCAUAAGAUGUCUGCGGCAAACUUCUGCUUUUGCCUCACCAGGUUCUGCCAAUGUUCCUAGUCAAAAUGACAGGGAGAUUUGGUGGAUCAAUCGCUGGGCUUAUGGCUGUCCAAUGUGUGGUGGAACAUGGGUUCGAGUUGUAUAGCUGGAUUUAUUACAAAUUGUCAUUAUGUGAAUUUCUGUCGGGGUGAGGGAAGCAACACAUAUUUUUGGCUAAUUAUAGAACUGAAUGUGGAUCAAAUGCUGACUGGAAUUGUACAGGAGGGAGAGAUGUUGAUUUACUUGACAGGUUCAUUCUCAGCAUGUUGUCAUCGUUGGUGACUAAAUGAACUUGUAUUUGAGUAUUUGUCCUACUUAUCACCUUGUUUGGUUCCAAGUAUUCUGAAGUAAUUCAUCCAGAUCUCCAUUUUUUGGGAAUAAUGUUCCAGUCCCACUUAUCCAUGUAGAGUUUACAGUUGCUUCCUCCAGGUGCUUUAAUCUUCGCAAAUAGGAUUAUUAUAUUAGAGGUUGCUGCCGAAGGACAAGAGAGUAGGAACUAAUAUUUGGUGUCCCUGAUUAGUCCCAGAGAAAGCUCUGCAUAGCAUACUACUGACUCCUUGUGUGCACAUGUGUGUGUAGAGGCGUCAAGUGGUCCGGGUGCUAGAGAAGUUUGCCUAUUUCUUGGAACAGACAGAAACCAUGUAAUUAAUUGAAUAACUGAGCAUUUUAUGUCUUUAGAACUCUGUAAAUUGAUUAAUUAGUUUAUUUAAUUUUUUGGGGCAUACGCAAUAGUAUUAUAUUUAAGCAAGUUAUACAUCAAUUUACUAUGGGUCUAUUAU